AUGACGAUGGCUCAGAGAGGGACAGUGACUUGCCUGGAGCUACCCAGCAGCCUCUCUCACACUCAAUCCCUCCUGAUUUCAGUGAUUCAACAGGCACCCGCUCGGCCAGCAGCACACCAGGGACCUCAGGCGGACACUGCUAUGGAAGCCAACCUGGGUGCCGCUGGCCAGGGGCCCCGCACGGAGCUGGACGACGAAGACUACUACCCCCAGGGUGGCUGGGACACUGUCUUCCUGGUGGCCCUUCUGCUCCUGGGGCUGCCGGCCAAUGGGCUCAUGGCGUGGCUGGCCGGCUCCCAGGCCCGGCAGGGAGCGGGCACGCGGCUCGCCCUGCUGCUGCUCAGCCUGGCCCUCUCCGACUUUCUGUUCCUAGCGGCGGCGGCCUUCCAGAUCCUGGAGAUCCAGCACGGAGGCCACUGGCCGCUGGGGACGGCCGCCUGCCGCCUCUACUACUUCCUGUGGGGCGUGUCCUACUCCUCUGGCCUCUUCCUGCUGGCGGCCCUCAGCAUGGACCGCUGCCUGCUGGCGCUGUGCCCACACUGGUACCCGGGGCACCGCCCGGCCCGCCUGCCCCUCUGGGUCUGCGCCGGGGUCUGGGUGCUGGCCACGCUCUUCAGCGUGCCCUGGCUGGUGUUCCCCGAGGCCGCCGUCUGGUGGCAGGACCUGGUCAUCUGCCUGGACUUCUGGGACAGCGAGGAGCUGCCGCUGAGGAUGCUCGAGGUCCUGGGGGGGUUCCUGCCUUUCCUUCUGCUGCUCGUCUGCCACGUGCUCACGCAGGCUGCCGCCUGCGGCACCUGCCGCCGCCCCCGGCCACGGCCCCCCACCUGCCACGGCUUUGCCCGCGUGGCCAAGACCGUAUUGUCAGCCUACGUGGUCCUGCGGCUGCCCUACCAGCUGGCGCAGCUGCUCUACUUGGCCUUCCUGUGGGACAUCUACCCCGGCUACCUGCUCUGGGAAGCCCUGGUCUACUCCGACUACCUGAUCCUUCUGGACAGCUGCCUCAGUCCCUUCCUCUGCCUCCUGGCCAGCGCCGACCUGCGGGCCCUGCUGCGCGCCGUGCUCUCCUCCUUCGCUGCAGCUCUGAGUGAGGAGCGGCCCGGCAGCCUCACACCAGCCGAGCCGCAGGCCCCGGGGGACUCUGGGAGUCAGACUCUUCCCGGGCCAAUGGCUGGGGCCCAGCCCCAGGCGGACCCCACGGCACACCCACGGUUGGAUCUGGUGGCCCCGCCCCAGGCAGACCCCACGGCGCAGCCUCAGUUGGAUUCUACAGCCCCGCCCCAGGCGGACCCCACAGUGCAGCCUCUGUCUGAUCCUGUAGCCCCGCCCCAGGCAGAUUUUGGGAUCCAGCCUCAGCUGAGCACCUCAGUUCAGCCCGGGGUGAACUGCGAGUCCCAGCCCCAUGUGGACUUUGUGGCGCAGCCACAAGUGGGCCCUGAGGCCCAGACCCUUGGACCUGCGUCCAGCCCUGCUCUCAGCCCCUGGGAUGAGCCCUCUUCUGCCCCCUCCACAGGCCCCGCCCCAGAAGCCCCCGAGGCCCCCGCUGUGCCCGCUGACACUGAGGGAGAAGGCCCCAGCAGGGUCCCCCCACAGGAGGCCCCUGGAGCAGGCCCCACGUGAGGGUCCGGAAAGCUCAGGCCCAUCAAGGCAGUGGAAGAGCUUGAGGAAGACAGAGGACCGGCCAGAGAGGAGG